UGAUUGUGAAGAUGGUACACACUUGUUGAAGACGGUCCGUACGGAAGUUACGUGAUCGAGAGUACCAAGCAACAUGCCCAGCAAACUUAAAGUGGUAUUAAAGAAUACACACGAUAAAGAAAAACAUGCUGAGCGAAUGCGAGUGGCCAGACAUGAAUGGUCGGAGGAGCAAAAGUAAAAAAACCGAGAAAUGUCCAAGAUCAGAAUGAGGGAAUACAGAGAAAGAAAAAAGACGGAGAGAGAAAAGACAAACAAUUCAGAAGUCCGAAAAAUGGCAACAAGACAAGAAAAAAAAGCAAAAGAAGAGCAAAAUAAAAGAAAAGCUGAAUACAGAAAGAAAUAUAGAGCUGGCUUGUCAAGCCAAAAGAAAAGGCGUAUACGAGAAAAAGAUGCAAAAAGAAAGCGAGAAAAGAGGUGCAAGAAUAUGAUAGGAGCAACGACUGUUGUCCAAUCAGUACCUAUCACAACUGAGAACACAAAGACCCCUUUGUCUGACAGUGCUUUAAAAAAGGCUGUCUACCGGGCUAAAAAGAGAUUGCCAAAGUCUCCAUCCAAAUUUGCAGAUGUUGUUUCUGGCCUUGUAAGCAAUGCCACACCAAGAAAAAAACUUGCUUUAAGCAAUAAAGGAUUGGAUUCCUCUGAAACAAAGAAAAACUUGGACAAUAUCCUGCAAUCUAUCAAAGAUGUGGACUUAGAUAUGAGAGGAAGGGACAGAGAGAGUCGUAUGAAAAGGAAGAGUUUUAUUGGGUCCCUCUCUGAACAUGUUAAGAAAAGACACGGAAUGACAUCAACUUUCAGCGCAGCACUUGGCAUACAAAGAAAGUACUUUUCACAAGGGUGUCUUAAAGAACAAAAGAAAAGAAAAGACUGCAUUGCUAAAGAAACAGAAGAGUCAAUCCAGAACUUUUUUUGUCAAGAUAAUGUGUCGACUAACUUACCAAACAAAAAAAACAUCAAGAAAGAUGCUGUAGAGUGUAGAGUUAUCCAAGGAUCACUUCACAGUGUAUGGAAUAAAUGGAAAGAAGCAAAUCCCAACAAAGCUAUUUCAUAUGACAAAUUCACCAAACUCAAGCCUAAGGUUGUUAAAACACAAAAACACAGAAAAUACCUGCAGUGUUUGUGUGAAUACUGCGAGAAUCUAAGAUUGAAGAUGGUAGCUAUCAACAAGCUUUCUCAAGAACAGAAGCCUACACUAAAAAUGAAAAGUAUCCAGGAGGCCGUGGAGAAGACUCUUUGCCCCAGGACUGGUCCAUUCCACAGCCUUAAAUGUAUUGACAGGGAAUGUGUAGACUGCGGAACAGGAAAACUGCAUGCAGACCUCAUUGCUGCAUUAGAAGAAAAAGACGAAGAAUGGAAAAAGUGGGCGCUACAAGUAUCGAUAAACAAAAGAAAUGGUAAAAAAAGAAGAAGAAAGAACUCACAGUUAGUAAAGGAAAAACAUCAGAAUUGAUUGCUGAAUUUGAAAAAGAACUCCACUUCCUCUCCAAACACUUAUUUGAAGCCAAUUGGCAAAUUUCGCAGUUCGGAAUUCUGACCAAAAACAUUCCACCUGCAACAAUUGCUUUAUAGCUAUUGACUUUGCCGAGAACUACUCUUGCAUGUCUCAAAAUGAAGUACAAUCAGCACAUUGGUCAAAAGAAUCUGUUACAAUACAUCCCGCAGUUGUUUAUUAUCAAUGUCCCACCUGUCCAGGUGAAGUGGUGGAGGAGUGUUGCGAUAUCAUCAGCGAUGAUUUAAUACAUGAUGCCCAUGCUGUUAAUGCCUUUCUCCAUAGAAUAUUCCAACAUCUGAAAACUAAGAGAGGAUUACAGGUCAAUAAAGCAUUCAUUAUGAGCGACGGUUGCGCGGCACAAUACAAGUCAAAAAUUCCAUUUUGUGACGCAGCGAACGCCAUCACUGAGUUUGGGUUUAUAGUGCAGCGCG